AUGAAAGAUAAAUCAUUCAAUAAAACAGCUGUAGGAAAAAUAUGGUUUAUAAAAGAUAUUUUUUAUCUGAACAAGACAGAUUUAGCCAGGCAAGCAGAAAUAAAAAAUAUGGGGCGGUGGAUUCUACGCUGGGAUCUUUGGGACAAAAAGUUCAAAUCUGGCAAAUAUAAUAGAACAGACUACUUAAUGUUUUCGAGAUGGCGAUUUUUAUACGAACCUCCUAUUUCUAACAUUAUCGAUUUUUUCAAAAAUUUAUAAAAAUUUUUGUUUUCAUUUUUUCAUGUAAAAUGUAAUUUGAAUAAAAUUUUCGUAUAAAUUAAUCAAAAGAUAUCAUAACAUUGCGCUUUUCCCACUUGUUGGGGUUACCUUCUAUUUCAAUCCACAAUAUUCCCCGUCUAGAUUUUCCAUUAGUGGGCGUAGGUGGUAAGCUUCCGGCGGAUAUUGGAACACUAUUGAGACUAAGUGUUGAUAUUGACGAAGUCGCAUGUGUGCGCCGAUUUUUAUAUGUUGAACAACUUAUAGUUGAAGGGGACGAUGUAGGGGCAAAACAUAAAAGCUCUAGCGGGUAGUAUCUCUCACAAAUUCCAUUCUUUGUAAUUGUUCUUUCGAUAACACACUGAUGA